CUGGAGGGCGGACAGAGACACCUGUCGUCGCUCACCUGACGUCGCCAGAGCGGCAGCAGAGCGCGAGACUCUCCGGUGUAUAAAAGAAUAUAAAAGAGGGAUUCAAAACGUGCAAGCUGAAGCGACAUGGACUUCUUGGAUUCGGGACAGAAGUUCAGCCCGAGACAGGAUCAGGACUGGGACCCCACCCUCACGUUCCUCCCGGCGGCGGACACCCGGCAGCUGGAGAAGAAUCCGGGUCAGAGGAGGAAGUUGUGGAUCGGAGUCGGCCUGCUGCUGGCAGCUGCUGCUGUCGCUCUGCUGACCGGCCUGCUGGUGUGGCACUACCACUUGCGGAGUGAUGUCAGAGUGAAGAAGGUUUACAUCGGCUCGAUGGCGAUCAGUAACGAGCGUUUCCUGCCGUCGUAUGAAGACUCGAGCAGUCCUCAGUUCGUUCACCUGGCGUCUCUGGUCAGACAGCAGCUGAAACUGAUUUACUCCAAAAACUCGGUGCUCGCCAAAUCCUUCAGAGGCGCCACGGUCCAGGCCUUCAGUGAGGGUGAGGGAGACGGCGACGGAGACAGCGUGGUGGUCUAUUACCAGUCCAAGUUUGAUGUCCACAUUUCCCAGCAGGCCUCGCUGGACCAGGCCGUCCAAUCACUGGAGCCGCAGACAGGAAGUCAGUCGGGCCGACACGGACGCCUGCUGCCGAAACCAACAGACGCCCUCAACGUCAACAACGUCGUCUCUCGAGCUUUGGAUCCACGCAUGACGAGGACGACUCUGUUUGCUAAGAAAGUGUUCAACCUGCACGUCAGGGACUCAGGGGUCGUCAAGUCUCCGGGGUUUCCGGACUCUUCGUACCCCCCUAACGUCUACCUGCAGUGGAGGCUGAGAGCCGACCCGGGUCACCGAGUCCGACUGGACUUCCACACUCUGAUCCUGGAGGACGACUGUCAGCAGGACUUCAUCCAGAUCUACGAUUCCCUGGCCCCGAUUCAGAACCUGGUCCUGACAGAGCAGUGUGGAUACCCUCAUGAGUCCCUCUCCUUCCUGUCCUCUGGGAGCGUCAUGUUGCUGACUCUGGUCACCGACGAGGAGAAGAACUUCCCUGGGUUCAUAGCCAACUACUCACAGAUCUCUCUGAGCGAACAAAAGUGCGGGGGAACACUGACAGCAUCCAAAGGCUCCUUCUCCUCACCUUUCUUUCCCUCCAACUAUCCUCCUAAAACCACCUGCGUCUGGAAGAUCCAGGCCCCAAAAGAAACCUUUUUGAAGGUUCAGUUCAAGAAGUUCUUCCUCGGAAACAACAGCGCCCAGUGUCGACAGGAUUACGUGGAGGUGGAUGAUCAAAGACUGUGUGGCAGUAAGCUCCAGAGCAGCGUUCUCACCAGCCGCAGCAACGCCAUGACCAUCAGAUUCCGCUCGGACUCGUCCUACGUGGACCAGGGUUUCACCGCAGAGUACGAAGCGUUCAUCCCGACGAACCCUUGUCCGGGGAGGUUCCAGUGCACCAACAACCUGUGCCUCAACACGACUCUGCAGUGUGACGGCUGGAACGACUGUGGAGACGCCAGCGACGAGGAAAACUGCAGUGAGUCCAGAACCCGGACUCUGCAAAUAAGAUCCCGUUUUCAGCCUGAAAAGUUACCCACCAAGUCUGGUUUCCAUCAUCCUGCAGAGUUUCCUCAACAUAUCACUUCCUAUAAUGUGUGCUCAAACAGGCCGUUUGGAGAUUUUCCCUUCAUGACAUCACAAAGGGCAGUAGCCCCUCCCCCAGAGUGUGACGGGUCUCAGAUGAAAUGUAAAAACGGACGCUGUAAACCGGAGUUCUGGAAAUGUGACAGCGUGGACGACUGUGGAGACAACACAGACGAGGAGAACUGUGUGAAAUGCAAACCAGGUGAGUUCACCUGCAGAAACAGUCGCUGUAUCCCCAAGAAGAUGCAGUGUGACGGAAAGGACGACUGCUCGGACGGAUCAGACGAGUCCAAAUGUGAAAAAUCUCUGGUUCUGCAGCAGUGUUCAGAGUUCACGUUUCGCUGCAGAGACGGACGCUGCAUCAGCAAACUGAACCCUGAGUGUGACGGAGAACAGGACUGUGAGGACGGCUCGGACGAGGACAACUGCCACUGUGGAACGAGGCCUUACCGGAGCUCCCGUAUCGUGGGCGGGCAGGCGUCCCGGGAGGGGGAGUGGCCCUGGCAAGUUAGCCUCCAUAUCAAAGGCCAGGGUCACACGUGCGGAGCAUCGGUGUUGAGCAACCGCUGGCUAAUGACGGCAGCUCACUGCGUGCAGGACAACGGACCAAACAAGUACUCCCAGGCCACCCAAUGGGAGGCCUUGCUGGGUCUCCAUGUGCAGAGUCAGACCAGCGAGUGGACAGUGAGGAGGAACAUUCAGCGGAUCAUCGCUCACCCAGAUUACAACUUCCUCACCUACGACAACGACAUCGCCCUGAUGGAGCUGGACUCCAACGUCACCCUGAACCAGAACAUCUGGCCCAUCUGUCUGCCCUCGCCCACCUACGACUUCCCAGUAGGCCUCGCAGCGUGGAUCACGGGCUGGGGGGCCACCAGAGAGGGAGGUCUCGCUGCGAAGAUCCUGCAGAAGGCCGAGGUUCGGAUCAUCAACAGCACGGUGUGUAAGAGUCUGAUGAAAGACGACGUGACCGACAGGAUGCUGUGUGCCGGAAUUCUUAAAGGGGGCGUGGACGCCUGUCAGGGCGACUCUGGAGGACCACUGUCCGUCACAGGGCCCAGUGGGCGGGUCUUCAUAGCUGGCGUGGUGAGCUGGGGCGACGGCUGCGCCCGGAGGAACAAACCGGGCGUCUACACCCGGGUCACGAAAUAUCGGAGCUGGAUCAAGGAGAAGAGCGGGGUGUAGGAGGUCAAGCAGCGAGGAAACAGGUUCUCUGGACGCCACUCGUUUAUCAUCAAGACUUUUCCAUCAUUUUUUAUGAAAUGUUACAGCAGUGAUUCACUCUCUAUUUUUUUAUUCUAUGAAGCUUCUGCUUUUUUUCUUCUCGUGUAAUAAUUGAAUCUGAGCAACAGCAGUCGGCACGCCGUCCCUGAUGGCGCGCUGAAGACUCUUCAUGAGCUCAGCUCUGUUUUAACAUCCAAACCUUUUCUCACCUGUUUUCUUAAAGGGGCCGUUGAUUCAGGACAUCUGUGUAAAUGUGGGAUCUUUCCUGUCAUGUCACACACUUUCACCUGUCAGAAACAAAAACAAAAACAACACUUGAUCCAUUUGAGACAUUAAAUCUUUUUUUUUCACGGCUGUUGAUUGCAGCAAUCUACGGGAGCAACUCUAAAAGAAGUUGUGACUGAUGGUCAUUAAAAUCCAAAAGAUGUGAAAGUUUAAAAAAACGGAAUCUUCCUUUAAAACGGCGACUAAUUAAAAAAAAAAGCUUUUAUGAAAGCUGACUUGUCAAACAGUCGUACCAAUUUACUUCAGCAUCAAUUUUAGGUUAUCAAUGAUUUGUAUUUAUUUUGUGAAUUUAUGAAAACGUUGCAACAUUGAUUUUGUUAAUUUCUUCACUAUGAAUUAUUUAAAGGGCUAAAUGGUGUUUUUUUUAGACUUCUGUGUGUAAUGUAAAGUAUUUAACUCAAAGUACUCAGGGACUCAGGUAACAGUACCUCAGGGAAUCAUCCUCGGCCCGUUAGGGAUUCACAUAAAACACCAGAGUGCGGCUGUUGAAAGGUAAUCCAACAGGGUUAAAGACUGAAAUCUGGAAUCAGGUUUUUAAAUGAGGAAAGUAAGAAUUAUGUGAUUGGAUAAAAUCAGGUAAUCUAUGGUGAGCUCCAAAGUUCUCUCUGCGGACGUGUUGUCGUGUUAUUUCGCUCUCAAACGAUCAUUAUCUGUCAUUAUCUCGUGGUAUUAGCCAUGUUGCUUUUCGACUUGUUGCCAACUGGAAUACGAUCAACUUGGGUGUGAAGUCAUUCCCAGUUCAGAGAUCCGAGUUCAGAGGUCAAUAGAACGCCCCAUUAGUCCUGGUUUUUAAACCCGAUUAAAUCUCCAGUUUGUGUUUUUCUUACCAUCAGCAGACAGCUUAUUUACAAAGAAAACAAGGUAGUUGAUAUCUUAAGACAUUUAUGUAAAUAUCUUUUGUACUAGAAUGUUGAAUGAAAGUAGAUGAAGUACUCAUUAGGGUUAGAAAAUAUGAUCAGUAUCAAACAUGAAAUAUAUAAUGUAAAGCAGCUGUGAGGCUCAUUGCGUUUUCAGAGGGUUUUGGCGCCCCCUGUGGACAAAGUAUGUAGUGCAUAGUCUCCUUUUAAGCUUUGCUCAUCUGGAUUCAAUUAUCUUUAAAAGUCUGACACCUGAUCACGUUCAUCCGGUCUGGUUUGUCUUUGAAGAAUCAGGAUAAAAGUGAGCUGGAUCGGAGCGCGGAUGGCCUAGCGGUUAUAUCACACAGCCCGUGUACAGAGGCUGUAGUCCUCGUCGCAGCGACAGCGAGUUUGAAUCCAACCUCGGCCCUUUGCUGCAUGUCAUCCCCGCUCUCUCCAAAACUAAUAAAGUGAGCUGGAUUAUUCGAUCCUUCGGUUAGACAGGAAGUGGAUAAAAUCUGGAUCGUUUUUUAUAUUGAGAUGAGACGUGUUGAACAACCGUGCAAAAAGUGCGUCCAACAUGUAUUUUGACCAUGUCAGUAAAUAGAACGUCAGAGUCUCGCGGUAUUUGAAGGAACCCUUAAAGAGCUCGUUUGCAUGCCGCAGCGCUCUCCAGUGUUGACUUCCUGUUCCAAACAGGAUGACGGCGCUUCUUCUCCAGAGCCAAAAGAUCGAAAAGAAUCAAGUUUCAUCAUUUUUAGAAUAUUGCAUUUAAUAAAAACUUAGUGACGUAGUAACCAGGGAAACCAAACUGCCUUUGAAGUUUUUCCUCUGAUGUUAGAUUUUCUCGUGUUACAGCGCCCCCUACAGCUGCUGUUUGUGUUACACUUCCUGUUGUUUUGACGAGUGUAUUUAUUAGCGAAGGGUUAGGGUAGGGUUAGGGUAACCCUAACCCUGAAGGUCGUCAGGAAUUAGCGGAGCUCAGUCAAACUGGGUUCAAACCAGUAAAUGUUAAAGAUGCUAAAUACUUGAAUGUAAUUGAAUGUUCUUCGACCAAAUCAUAAGCAAUAAAAAAAACAUUCAAAACCUAA